AAAGUGAAAUGCGAUAGCAUAUGCUGCUUGGACCUCCACUGUCUGUGAGAGGAAGUGAUUUAUUAUUUAAAGAUUUUGUAUGCUUUAUAUAGCCAUUUGUUUAGUAAAAUAAAGAUCAAGCCAGUGAAAUGCCUCAGGUCCUGUUGCUUUGUGAAAAGUGCUUUCAAGCAAUAGUGUGUAGACUAAUCCUUUAUGUAAGAUACCCUCAGAUAAUUUUAAGUGUAUGGGGUGAAGAAACUGGAGUUCCUUGAGUGAUAAGAAUCACAGGUGAUUUUCAGAAGUGCACACACCAAGUUAAUGAUACUCUUUAUUCUAACUUUAGUUCAUAAUCAUAGUUCCAGUUUGGGGCCAUCUCCAGAAAAUGUAAAUCUUAAAAAGAGAGGUAUAUGUAAUUUUUGCCACCUCCUAAUAUUUUGAUAAUGCUCCUGUGGUAUGCUUUGAUAUAUCUUUUUUAUUAUUUAUUAACACAACUGGAAAUUAUGCUGCAUCUGGGUCUUGAGCACUAAGUGUUACUUGUGUCACCGAAAUGUAAUUGAAUUUUGGUACAUGAAUUUUGGAUGAGAUAAUCUUUAAGAGGCCAAUAGCAUCAGUGUUUGAAAUGACAAGAUUCUGUAAUUUCUUUGUUUAUCGAAUUAUCUUGCACAGUGAAUAUAAUGAAGAACAGUUAAUUGCGUAUGGUUUUAUCUAACUCUUUUAAUUACUGAUUUAGUGAUAUGGUAUUCUCUCCGGCUUUUUUGCUCAAACUUAGAUGUAUUUUAGAGAAUCGCAUCAGUGUAUUCCAGGCUCACAGAAGUCUAGAUUUGGUUGGGCUUGGAGCUUGGUAAGUGCCCGUAGAGAGGAAUGUCCCUCAGUGUGGCUGAGGGACAGGGAGUCAAGGGAUUGACUCUUCUUCUCUGGCACUGGUGAGACCAGCAAGGUGGUUUGGGGAAGCACACGGUAAACUGGGAGAAACUGGGUGGUGUGAGUUUGGCCAGCCUUAAGAAGAGAAGUUGGAGGAAAGGGAGACCUUGCUGCUGUGUGCGGGAAGGUGUUGAGUAGACUUCUUCUGGAGACACAUGGCAGUAAUGUGAGAGUGAAUGGACACAAGCUGGAUUUGAUACAGGGAAGGUUUUUGUGGGUUUGUUGGUUUCUUUUUAACCUGAAGAAUGGUCAAACACUGGAGCAGGGGUCUGAUGAGGGCAUGAGUGGCUGUCUAACAGGGCAAGGGCCUGUGCAACCAGAUCUAGCUUGUGCUUGGUGGCUUCUGAAAAUCCCUUCCAACCUAAGCUGUCCUGUUUUUCUGUGAUUACUCGAGAAACAGGUGUUAAAGCUUUGGAAAUUACUGAAGUUAUCCUUAGAAAAACACAAACACAAUAAAUUAUGCAAGAAAGCGUAGAUUUCCUUGACACUACAUCUGGAACUGACAUACUGUUAGCACACAACCAUGUGAAGAUAACUUUAUUUAGCAUAUCAUAUUAACUUCAAAAAAAAAGGGUUUUUUACCUUGGUAAAGGUAUAUUGUGCAAAUAUUAGCUCGAAGGGGGCUUUUUAGGAUGUCUGAAGAUGAUGAAAAAGUUAAGCUCCGUCGAAUCGAACCCGCCAUUCAGAAGUUCAUCAAAGUGGCAAUUCCGACAGAUUUGGAGAGAUUACGAAAACACCAAAUAAACAUUGAGAAGUAUCAAAGAUGCAGACUUUGGGAUAGAUUGCACGAUGAGCACAUUAACGCAGGACGAACAGUUCAGCAACUCCGAGCCAACAUGAGAGAGAUGGAGAAACUUUGUUUGCGAGUCCGACAGGAAGACAUCCCUGUUCUGCAGAGACUGAUAAAUCCAGUGAGAGAGGAAGCUUCAUCUGCCAUUAAAGACUUCCUACAGCUCCAUUCUGAAUCUGCAGAAGAACUUAAAAGGCAACUAGAAGGACAGGAGGAUGGCUCUUUAACCAGAUCUAUAACUGUAGGAGGAGAAACUUUGUAUAACGCAGAAGUGAAGGACGGGUCCCAAAGUUUAAUCCAGAUGUAUUCUCCCCUUCCUGAAAUACCUCAGAAUGAAAAUGCAGCUGAGUCCUGGGAAACUUUAGAAGAGGACUUGAUUCAGCUUAGCCAGUUGGUGACUGAAUUUUCUGUGUUAGUCAACGCUCAGCAGGAGAAGAUUGACAGGAUUGAAGACCAUGUCAACAGCGCUGCUGCGAAUACUGAAGAGGGAACCAAAAACUUGAGGAAGGCUGCAAAAUACAAGCUGGCAGCUCUGCCUGUGGCAGGUGCUGUCAUUGGAGGCGUGGUGGGGGGUCCCAUUGGGCUCCUCGCAGGCUUCAAAGUGGCAGGAAUUGCAGCUGCACUUGGUGGUGGGAUUUUGGGCUUCACAGGUGGAAAAUUGAUCCAGAGGAGAAAACAAAAACUGAUUGAGCAGGUCUCUUCCAGCUGUCCGGAGCUUUCUUGCCAAAGAGCCAAAAAAUCCAGCUGAAGCACAGAUUCAUCACGACUAGGGACAGAAGUACAGUGGCCGUGCUGAUGACAGACCUGCAGCCUCACGCUUUAAAUACGAGGCUGGGUUGCGUGAACUUGUGUGAGAUUUUGCCAGCAGUACUGUUAAUGGGGGUGGGGGGAAACGGAAAUGCCAGAACUUUAGAGCUUCCUCUUCUCAGAUGCGAUAAGUUGCAUCAGUCUUUUAAGAAUUACCUGGUAACUUCUUUUAAUUACGGAAUUCUUAGGUGAGCUACAUGCCCAGCUGGAGUGCUGGAGGGCAGGUGUUCGGUGCUGAGCUGCACAAAACGUCCUUCAGACAGUACAGAGGGAGAGACUUGGAAAACUGAGUGCUUUCUCAUGAACACCAUAAUCAGUUUUUCCCAUUUUCAUUUAUUUUUUUUUUUUAAUUUGUGAGCUCCCCAUUUGUUCAAAGUGUAGUUCAAUCUCAGCCUCAGCAGCACCCCUUGAGGACUGCCCUCAGAGAAUACUCCUUCUCCAUGGCUUUUCAGCUCCUUGGCACACCUCAGGAGCCCUGCAGAUGGAGCGAAGUGCCAAACCCCAACCAUUCUGAGCCUGAAGCCUCGGCUUGCUGCAGCAGUGCUCCUGGGUGGCUGCUGCCCUCGAUCCUCAGAGCCUGGCACCAGCAGCACUCUGCUGGGAGAGUUAAAUGGCUUCACGGGGAGGCGGUGCUGCAGCAGGGCCCGCUCCCUCAAUAGUAUUUUAUCCCUCAAAGGUACCAGUAGGUGCCGGGCAGAGGGUGGUGAAACAGCGAGGCCCCACGAGUUACCUGUUAAAUUGUGCCCCUGGCAGCUGACCAGAGCCUGGGACUAGUUUGAAAACAGCAACCUGAUACUGUUUGCUUUAUUCUGGAGCCUGCAAAAGGCUAGGUACUGUUACUGCUUCCUCCAGCUUUUAUAGUCAAUGCCUGUUAUCUUUACCUUAUUUUGCUGCUUAAGAAGCUAUCUUGCUUCUCUAACUUCUGUUGUUACACACAGGAGUGCUACUGUUUUUAUUUUCACCUGAGCUUCCCAUUCAUCACAUGGUCUCACCUCCAUCCUUCCAGGACGGUUCCCACACAAUUGCUGCUGCCCUCAGAAGGAGCAGAAAGGCAAGUUGGGCAGCUGCUGCUUUAAGUUUUACAUCGCUCAGUUCAUCCUGAGUGCUGCUCACCUAAGGCUCCCGAGCAGGGAAGCACAGUUUGGAAAAAGCUCCCUUUUUUUAAGCACUGCUUUGAUAGCAUCAUUGGAACGCAGCGCCUGCUAACGGCAGGUGACAGGUUUUUGUGCCUAGAGACACUGUAAGCAACUGUUAGUUACAGCACAAGUACCUUUUCUGAACAGUUCUUCUGUAUUACUUUUAAAACAUGAUUGAAAUCGCUACCAGUCAGAGCGUGGUGUCUAUUUUAAGUAGGAACGAGGCUCAGGGAAGCAACGCGUAGAAUAGUUUUCACAAGUAAUCAUGAACAUUGUCAAAACUGCACGUGUUAAAGCCGCGGUGCCUACAUCUGUAAAAUCAGCUGGAGUGGAAAACAUGACCCGAGUAAUUCAGCUCAUUUGCACCUGUCAUGCCAAAACCCUGUCCUUUAAACACGUCUGCUUCAGCUGUAAAUACAUUUAAUGAGGCUGUAACAACUUCACACGAGGGCUGUUCAUUCAUUCUGACACUUAAAGGAAGAAAUUGAGGGAAAUAAGGAAAAAGAUUUUAAAUAGAAAUAGAAAUUCUGGUUGAUUCUUUGUAUGAUUUUAAAAAAAACUAGGUCUGCUUUCCUACAAUACGUUGCUAAACUGUGUGCAUUGAAAUGCCAGCAGCCACAUCAGAGGUGGCGCAGGCUCCACCCUCUCCUCCUGAAGUGGACUUAAUGCCAGGACAAUCUGAAGUCAGAGCUGAGCUACUGCUAUAGCUGAUGCAGAGUCAGCUUAGCAUGGGCUCAUCUCAUAAAAGAUCGAGCACAAAAACUGUUCUUCCUCCUCGCGUCUUUAAGGAAGCAAUUUAAAAACAUUGUGUACACACUACACUGGGGAGGCUGUUAUUUAAGCCAUGAUUUUUAAAGUAGAUGGGUUAUUUACAUAGGGGAAAAAAUAGGGGCAUCUGAGUAACCAAACUAGCAUUUAAAUUGCUAGGGAUGUCAGAAGAUAUGCAAAAUAGACAUAAUUCUUUCAGACCAAAUAAAAACUUUUGCCUAUCAGA